GCCGAGAGCCCCAUCUUGGUGCUGAGGUCCCCGGUGAUGAACCAGGAGUUCUCGCUGGAGGUCCGCUCCGCUGCCCACGCCGUUGUUCGGCUAUACGGUUUCCUUCUCACAGUGCCGCCUGAACCGGGGACGGCGGACGACGAGCUCGAUAUGAGCUGCCCCGGCGACGAUGAGCUGGUGGAAAUGGAGUACUCCCCCGAGGGCCGGCGAUUUCUUGGAGGCCCGGCGCCGUGGUUCUCCGCCGCGGGGAGCACGGCCGGCUGCAUGCGGGUCGCCGCCGUGGAGGACCAAGAAGAAGAAGAAGCAGACUGCAAGGAGAUCCUGGUGCUCUACCGCUACGCCCCUUUCUCGGUAUCAUCGGACGGCGUGGUGGUGCGAGGGAGCACCAGGGCGCACCUGCUCCGGUUCAUGGCCACCGGCGACCACACGGCGAGGUCCCUGGCGUGGGCCGGGUCGUCUCUGAUCCGGCUGAUAUACCCCGGUGACUUCAGCGAGCAGCUCCAGGAGCUAUGGUCGAGCCUGGCGUCGCAGGUGAGCGUGCUGCCGCGCGCCGCGCGUGUCGAGGUGUUCGUCGACGUCGGCAUCCUCCGGAGGUCGGUGUUCGUCGACGACAGCAUCCUCCGGAGGUCGUACUACACGCCCGAGCGCAUGGAGUGGAUGCGCUCCGUGCUGGAGGAGACGGUGGAGGAGCCGUGGCCCGUGCGAUUCACCGGCAUGGAGCUGCACCUGCCGGAGCCGAUGCCGCGCGACCAUGAUAAACACGAAGCCGCCGUCGACGACGAUGACACGGACGCCGGUGAACGGCCGGCGAAGCGAAGGAGGGUCGUCGCCGCUGGGGAGGAUUGCCCCAUCUGCUUGCAGCUGCUCGAGGGCGACGACGACCUCGCCGCGUGGCCGGGGUGCGGCAAGCCCCACGUCUUCCAUGGCGCGUGCUUGGAGAGCGUCCUCGUGGACAGCAAGACGUGCCCUAUUUGCAGGCACACGCUGUACGUCGAGUCGACGUUCGGCAAGUAGUAGUACAAAUGUGCAACUAGCUGUUCUCCAGAAAUUAUUUGUUUUGCUGAAGGAUUAGCAUUCUUGGGUUUCAUGGUCAGUUCAUCAAUGAAUGAAUCAUGUCAACUGUAAUUGAUUUGAACAAAUCUCUGUAACUACACCGUUGAAGUGAAAAUUGUUUGUUCAAUCAUGCAAUCAUUAUGCACAAACUAGUUUUGGGAAAUUCAUAUGCAUCAGCUGAACUUUCAUACACAUAUAGUGUUUCUAGAUGAAAAACUCUACACAAACAAAACUGGAAGUGGAAAAAAAAGUUAUAUGAACUUACAGUUAUAGGAUGGAUUGUAUGAACAAAGGAAU